AUGGUCCUGGCCGCGCUUGCCCUCUCAGCAGCUGUGUUGGUGGUGACAGCAUGUGCUGAUAAGCUGCAAGUCUUUGGUCAUGCGCUCAACACAGGGCAAACCAUUCCACCUCGGUGUGUGCAGGCUGAUGAGACGAGCCAUCUUCUCUGGGUGGACUGGGCUUUGAAGCCGCCAGGACCGGCGGCACAUGUAGUUGAAGUGAAAGUUGCCUGGCACACGGCGCUGCCCAGUGAUCCCGAGGAUCAGGCUAUCUUUAUCGCACAGCUUGGCAGAAACGGUAGCAGCUUCUCCAUCAAGGACCUUCGUCGUGUGCAGCUCUUCGAGGCUGAUUCCAUGUCUGAGGAGGGACCACCAGCUGCUCGAGUGCUUAGGGGUGAGCUGAGCCUUGUCCUUGAUGUCGAUGGCGGGGACGUGCUUGGGCUGUUGGAUUCCUGCGAAGGCCUGGGCCUUGCGUGCAAGAAGCAGAAUGCACGGGCAGAGCAGGCGACAGAGCGCGUCAGGCACCAGCCCUCUUUCGGCACCGUGGGCACAUGCAGGCUGUGA